UCGGCCGGGCGUUGCGGCGGCGGCGGGGGGAGCGGACGUGACAGGCUGAGCGGCCGGGCGCGGGCUGCCGGAGGCGAAGGGCCAUGGUCGUCCCCCGGGGACAGGAGCACCAGGCCCCCCAGGAGGUUGAAACAAGAGAAGAUGAGGAACAGAACAUCAAGCUGACUGAAAUUUUGGAACUGUUGGUGGCUGCUGGGUAUUUUCGAGCAAGAAUCAAGGGGUUAUCACCCUUUGACAAGGUGGUAGGUGGCAUGACAUGGUGUAUCACUACUUGCAGCUUUGAUAUCGAUGUUGAUUUAUUGUUUCAGGAAAACUCUACUAUUGGUCAAAAAAUUGCCUUAACUGAAAAAAUUGUGUCAGUAUUACCAAAAAUGAAGUGUCCUCACCGUUUGGAACCACAUCAGAUCCAGGGACUGGAUUUCAUUCAUAUAUUUCCUGUUGUACAGUGGCUGGUAAAACGUGCAAUAGAAACAAGGGAAGAGAUGGGAGAUUAUAUCCGCUCUUACUCUAUAUCACAAUUUCAAAAGACUCAUAGGCUGCCGGAGGAUGAUGAAUUUAUGCAAAGAAAAGAGAAGGCUAUCAAAACUGUCACUGAUAUCUUUGAGGUUUACAAACCCCAGAGAAAAUACAAACGUCAGAAAGGAGCUGAGGAACUGUUAGAUGAAGAAUCAAAGGUUCAUGCUACACUUCUGGAAUACGGCAGGAGAUACGGAUUUAGCAGACAAGCAGGGAAAACAGAACAGGCUGAAGAAAAAAAAAUUGCACUACCUCCAGGGCUUGCAGCAGCAGGAAAAGCUGAGCCUUGUGAUGAAGAUGACCUUCAGGCUGCUGAAGAGCUCCGCAUUAAAACUCUGAUGACUGGAAUGGCUGCAAUGGCAACAGAAGAGGGCAAGUUGACAGCAAGCACAGUUGGCCAGAUUGUUGGACUCCAGUCAGAUGAGAUCAAACAAAUAGUGUCAGAAUAUGCUGAAAAGCAAUCUGAGCUUUCUGCUGAGGAGCGACCAGAAAGGCUUGGAGCUGCCCAACAACACAGAAGGAAGGUGGCAUCUCUGAAUAAGCAGAUUUUGCAUAAAACCAAACUCCUCGAAGAGUUGCAAGCUAAAUGUGCUGACCUACAGGCAAAAUGUACUGAAGCCAAAAAGACACUGAGCGAGGUAAAGAGUUACAGCGAGAAGCUGGACAAGGAAUUGGCAGCCUUAGAAACAAUAGAAUCCCAAGCAGAUUCUAGCAUAUUACAGAGUCUGCGAGCACUGGUGGCCAUGAAUGAGAACCUAAAAAGCCAGGAGCAAGAGUUCAAGGCACAUUGUAGGGAAGAAAUGGAGAGACUUCAACAAAAUAUUGAGAAUUUGAAAGCUGAGACAGUGGAAAACGGGGAGGAACAGGAGCCAAAUAAGAUUAUAGAACAGCAGUAUAAAGCUGAGAAGGAUAAACUUCAAAAGAUCCGGCUGUUACUGGCACGAAGAAACAGAGAAAUAGCCAUUUUACAACGCAAGAUUGAUGAAGUACCCAGCCGAGCUGAGCUAACACAGUAUCAGAAGAGAUUUAUUGAACUUUACAGUCAGGUCUCAGCAACUCACAAAGAAACAAAGCAGUUCUUUACUCUUUAUAAUACACUGGAUGAUAAAAAAGUAUAUUUGGAAAAGGAGGUUAACUUACUGAAUUCUAUUCAUGACAACUUUCAUCAAGCAAUGGCAUCUUCUGGUUCUCGUGAGCAGUUUUUACGGCAGAUGGAGCAGAUUGUAGAAGGCAUCAAACAGAAUCGAAUGAAGAUGGAAAAGAAGAAGCAAGAAAACAAAAUGCGAAGAGACCAGUUGAAUGAUGAAUACUUAGAGCUUCUAGAGAAACAGAGGCUUUACUUUAAAACAGUGAAAGAAUUUAAAGAGGAAUGCCGUAAGAAUGAAAUGCUGCUGUCCAAGCUGAAAGCUAGUUCUUCCUGAAGAAUUCCAGCUGGUGAAGUUUAUAGUUGAUUGUUCAGUCCAUUGAAUCUCUUUUGUGAGGUGACAGUUAUAACUGCAAUGUAGAUAUAUAUAUAUAUAUACAUAUAAAAAAAAUAUAUAUACACACAGCUGUAAAAGUCUGGGGUUUUUUCCACUGUGUAUUCAGUUUUACAUUCCUUCAUCCCAUGGCUGUAUCAUUCAUUAUUGCCUCCACUACACAGUAAAGAGUUAACACAGUACAGCAAAAUAGAAAUAUUGUCUAAAUUUAUUUAUUUGGAUGUUUUUUUUUUUCCUACAUGACAAUGUGUUUUUAUUUUUAUUUGGGCUUUAACUUUGCAUUAGGUCAAGAUUCUGGAAUAAGAGAGGUGUACUGUGUAGUAUGUCCAGUACCACAAGAUGAGCACUGCAUAAUGCAGUGGUUUGUUAACUUUGGCCAAACUCACACCAUGAGAUUCUUGAAACUCUCUUCACCAGCCAAUAGCUUCACAUUAUUUUAAUUUCCACUAUAGCCAUAGAUAAGUGUCCAAAGGAUAAAAAUUAAUUUCUAAUGGUUAAGACAUAAGGAAAUGGAAACUUACCUUGGAUAAUUCCUGGUGUAAAAUUAUAGAUUUAUAUUUUUAUAAAGUCUAGCUGUUGUACAAAUUUCUUUGAGAUUUCAUUUUUUAUAUAGAGAGAGUGUGCUUGUUAAAUUAAUAGCUCCAAGAAAAAAACACCUUAAUCACUAGGACCUUCAUUUUAUCCCUGGAUGGGAUGAAAAGCAAAGUCUGUGUCUCCUGUAAUACAGAAAGAUAAAAAUUCAGACAUUCUGCUCAAAGGAACUGAUGCUUAUAUUUGAAGACAACCCCUUUACCCUGCUGAAGAUUUUUCCCUUGAAAUUUUAGAAACUUUGUGGAACAAUUUCUGAAACAUUUUUUAUAUCUGUGUAUACAGGAUUUUGUAAUUCAAACAGUUGCUUUUUGUACUUAACAACAAGAUUUUGGACUGACUUCUUAACAUACAUCGUACCUUCAGGAGAAGAAAAUCACAUUCUUUUUUCCCCAGUACCACUGAUGAUAGUGCUGUUCAGUUACUUUCUAUGGCAGUGAAUAUAAAAUAAAGAAUAUUUGGAAUCCAGUGUCCUUCUGCUAUUAUGUUUUUAAGGUGGCACUUGCUUUAGAAGCCUUAUUAUGCUUUUGAAUUACGAGUGCAUUAAAAGAUUGUCUCUGUUCUCAUAAGGAUGUUUUCAUGUGUCACAUAACAAUUGGUAACAUUUUAUUUUCUCUUUCUGCUUUUGGUAUCCUUGGUGUUUUGGUAUUUGGCACAAACUGUCAAACCUGGUAGAUGCAAAGGAGGCCCAUGGAAGGUUGUAUUUAUCCUUCCAUAGGCAUCCACUUAGGAUACAGAUUUCUCAGUGGACACAGUACAAGUUCCUCACAGAAUGGUACCUGAUUCCCCUCCUUUGGAAUACAACAAAAGGUUUGAUAUCUGCAUGUGAAUUUAUGCAAACUCUGUAGCAUUGCCUACAAGCAGAGAUGACUGAUGUACUCUGAAUUGGCAACUUAUAUUGGAGGAAAUAAAUGAGCAUAUGUCUAA